AUGGCUGAGCGUGUCACCCUCCGCAAGCGCAACCCCUACAACACCAAGUCGGCUCGCCGACAGAUCAUCAAGACGCCUGGUGGACACCUGCGAUACCUGCACGUUCAGAAGCGCGGCACUGUCCCCAAGUGCGGUGACUGCCACUCGAACUUGAGCGGCAUCAAGGCGCACCGCCCUCGCGAGUACGGCACCAUCUCGAAGCGUCAGAAGACGGUUUCGCGUGCUUACGGUGGUUCGCGAUGCUCGGCUUGCGUGCGCAUGCGCAUCGUGCGUGCCUUCCUCGUCGAGGAGGCCAAGAUCGUCAAGAACGUGCUCAAGGCUCAGGCUAAGGCGCAGAAGUAA